GGGGCGUGCACAUCGGGAGUCGGUCUUUCUACACUAGCAGGGAGACUGUUCACCCACUGAGAGAGCUCCACCAUGGCUUCAGCACUGAAUUGCACACCAUUUUUGUUGUGUUUUAUUUAUUUUUCGUUACUGCUUGCCACCGUGUUUUGCGAAGAAGAAGAGGAUGAGCAUGCCAAGCACACUUAUACGGUGGAGAUGUUCAACGAGGCGGUGCCCACUGCACCCCACUUUGUCAUGUUUUUUGCCCCAUGGUGCGGCCAUUGCCAGAGGUUACAGCCUGCAUGGAAUGAACUCGCAGACAAGUACAACAGCAUGGAUGACCCACCAGCUUAUGUGGUAAAAGUAGACUGCGUCCAGGAUACAAAGUUCUGCUCCAAUGUCCACGGGGUCAGGGGCUACCCAACGCUGAAAUUGUUCAAGCCAGACCAGGAGGCAGUGAAGUACCAGGGACCCAGAGAUUUACAGUCUCUGGAGACGUGGAUGUUACAGACACUGCAGGAGGAGCCUUCGGCACCUGAGAGCGAACUGGAGCCUCCUAAAGCCCCAGAGCCCAAACAGGGCAUGUACGAGCUCACUGCUCUCAACUUUAAGACCCAUAUAGCCAAAGGGGCUCAUUUUGUGAAGUUUUUUGCCCCAUGGUGCGGUCACUGCAAAGCCAUGGCCCCAACCUGGGAGCAGCUGGCCACCGCCUUUGAGCACUCUGAUGACAUCAAGAUAGGAAAGGUGGAUUGUACUCAGCACUAUGAGGUGUGCUCUGAAAACGGUGUACGUGGAUAUCCCACACUGCUCUUCUUCUACAAUGGCGAGAAGACGGAGCAGUACAAAGGGAAAAGGGACCUGGACUCUUUUAAAGACUUUGUGGACAACCAGCUCAAGGCUGCAGUCACGGAGGAGCAGGUGGAGGAACCAGCAGAGGAACAAAAUGCAAACGAGGUCCCCACUGGAGAGCCAGCCAAAGAAGAGUCUGGCGUAUUGAAUCUGACAGAAGAAAACUUUGAUGAAACUGUGGCCAAAGGCUUCACCUUCAUCAAAUUCUACGCCCCUUGGUGUGGUCACUGUAAGCACCUCGCUCCAACAUGGGAGGACCUCUCUAAGAAGGACUUCCCCGGCCUCACUGAUGUUAAAAUCGCCAAAGUUGACUGUACUGUUGAGCGCACGCUCUGCAACAAGUACUCUGUUCGAGGCUACCCAACCUUAUACAUCUUUCGGGCGGGCGUUCAGGGCGAAGAGCACAACGGAGGACGGGACCUGGAAAGUCUGCACAGCUUUGUGAUGAGGCAGGCGAGAGACGAGCUGUAGGAAGGGUCAGAAAACACUCCAGUGUCCACCACUCUGCUCACACACACUGCAUAUCGGGCCAGUAGGACACUACUCUCUCUCCUACAGUAGCCAAACCUUUACUUCUCUCUCCACUUGGGUUCUCUCUCCACUAAGGAGCCGGCGACUGACUGCUGCAGUCUUUUUUCCUCUGGUGUUCAUGGACAGAAUGAUUCAGUCAAGUGUUUUUUGAUGGGAAUGUAUUUCUUACUGCAGUCGCCCAACCCCAGGGUUUGGUUGGAUCGCAAAUGAAGUCUGACAACCACUUAUCAAGCACUGCUAAGCCAAUCAGAUGCAGAAUUCCUCACACUGAUGAUGUUUAUUGAAGGGGUGACACUGUACGACAGUCAUCCCAGUUUCAGUGAUUUGUUUCUGAUGAACUGUAGCCACUUGACUCCUUUUUAGAUGCUAAAUUUUUAUACACAGGAUCUGUUGUGAAAUCAUAAGCCAUUAAUGUUACUGUACUGUCAGUAUGAAGAUUGUAAAGAUGGUGUCACCCUAAUGUGAGUGUUAAGUUGAGGGUACUUUUUAUCCAUGUCAGCGACAGUCUGUCUGACUUAACUCUCAGGGACAUGCCCUCAUUAAAAAGUUCCCAGAUCAUCAUUGUCACAGGAGUCUGACAGUGGCAUAAAGACGGGACUAUUUUCUCUUGAUGAAGAUUUUCAGCUUUUUCCAAUAAAAAACUAAAACCUCUCA